ACUUCGAGGAAAACAGUUGUGUAUCUAGUUCGGGAAGUGUCUGAAAAAGGAAAAGAAAAAUAAAUGUGUAAACCGAGUGAGAACGAAGACAGACUAUCUUGGAUAUUUUCGGUAACAAUACAAUAAUCGUACGGACGUCGUGUCCAUUAUUAAGCACUCCACCGAUGAGAAUAGCACGACGGGGGCACGGUGAUACUGUUGAAAUGACAAAAACCACGAUUCCGUCAUCGAACGGUCCAGAGGUGUUUUCACGAUAAUGUGGCAUCAGUGUGAACGAUUUUUAAACGUCCCGAUCUAACCCGUUAUAUUCGUCUGCCUUCGAAUUUGUCGUCAUUCUCUCGUCAGUGGAUAUUAAUAGGGGCGGGCUCCGAGUUAACCGAGUAAACUCGAUUUUAUUUAAAGUGAUAAGGACUUGGGGCUCUGUUUAUUCCAUUGAUGCAGGCCAAUACGAGGAUUUUUGUACGGAGAGCCUCGUCGGGGGCUACCGAUACCACGAAACAUCAGAUUAUCGUAUUAAAAAUAAGUUUUUGACCAAAACUGCCAAUCAAAGACUGAAUCACCGAUGCAAGGGUUAACCCACUUGGGAACGAACGUGUGUCAUCAAUGGGAAACUGCUGUUCGUGUUUCAAAGUGCCACCUCCAUCGCCCACUACGGAUCAGUCCGCUGUGCCGGAGAUCAAAGAGGACACUAUGGAAAUGCGAAGACUAUUUACAUCCCAUCAAUGCACAAUGGGUCCCUUGACGUCCAUAGAUUCACGUGCUAAUGGAAACAAAAAGCCACCAGCAACGAAUUUAUCAGGAUUAAACAAUGUGGGAUCUGACAAUUGUGGUUCAGUGCCAGUUGUACAGAAUAAUUUACGUUUAUCCAGGGCAUUUUAUGCUCGAUUACCACCACUUGGACGUUCAACGACAUGUAGCAAUGCUAGCACUACUGCUGAUUGUGGUAAACAGAUGAGGGAACCGUCAGAGGCUAAAUUGAAUGGACUAUUUGAUCAAUACAAAGAUCCUCACGAGGACAUUAUUCUGGAGGACGGUAUUGAAAGGCUGUGCGAUGACCUUCAAUUAUCACCCGAUGACUUCAAAGUUCUCGUAUUAGCAUGGAAACUCGAUGCCGAACAGAUGUGUCAGUUUACACGUCAGGAAUUUGUUAAUGGACUUAAAUUAUUGAAAGUUGACAGUAUACGUGGUGUACAGUUACGUUUGCCCGAAGUCGUCCAAGAAUUGACGGUUAAUGGUGAUAUGUUCAAGGAUCUUUACAGAUUUACAUUCCGUUUUGGUCUCGAUGUCACAUCGGGACAGAGAAUUUUACCAGUUGACAUGGCUAUUGUCCUGUGGAGGCUCGUAUUUACGAUACGUGAGCCACCAUUAUUGGCCAGAUGGCUGGCAUUUCUCGAGAAUCAUCAUGUCAGGGGAAUUCCAAGGGACACGUGGAAUAUGUUUUUAAAUUUUGCUGAAGUCAUUGGCAGUGAUCUUGGGGCUUACGAUGAUGCCGAGGCAUGGCCAAGUUUAUUCGACGAUUUUGUUGAGUACGAGAAUGAUCAGAUGAAUCAGAAUAUUACCAAGGAUGAUAUUAUCAAGGACUCAAUAACGGCUAAGGACUAAGAUAUUUUUAUUAUUUUGGAAAUUCAUUGGAAUUAUUUUCAUUUCUCGUGAAUUUCCAUUCGUCGAUCUUUUCUCUGUCAUUUCGAUUAUGAUCUCGCGUGCUUCCUGUCUCGGUGCCCGUGUUCUUUUCGUUUAUUAUUGGGUGGAAUCCAUAUCUGGAUUUUCGGGGCGAUUGUUCGUGGAAUUUACCAUGAAUAUUGAUAGAAAUUAUAAUAGAUUUUUUUCAAGUUUAAUAGUCAAUGUAUAUUUUACAUUGUUUACUUUUUUAUUGGGUCUGAGUUAUGUGCAGUUUCUGGAAUUUUUCCAGUUGUGCAUUUUUUAAAAUGGAUUGAUGUGGAAUUAUUUACAUUCGAACAUCUCGUCUUUAUAUGUAAUUAUGAAAAUUGUAUGCAGGGAGAGGAGAUGAUACAGUGUAAUUUUACAUUUAGAAAUGUGGCCCAAACUUGUGAUAUGUGUGCGUGUUUUAUGCAGUAAAAAAGAAAAAAAAUUAUAAAAAUUUAUUAGAUAUUCACUUAUUAAUAUUGGUAUUCUGGUUUUUUCAUUGGUGAAGCGUAAGUUUAAAGGAUAGUUAAUGUGCUGCAUUAAUUAUUACGUAAGAAUACCGAGUGAAUUGAGUCUUUUCGCGGUAUUUUGUACUAUUCAAAUGUUUUUAAUAGACAAUUUUCCAUAAUUAUUUGUUAAUUACACGUGUACUUGUGGAUCUCAUUUUGAACUUUUCAAAAAAAUUAUUUCACAUUAAUAAUGAAGUAUGAAUUCAGCCACAAGCACGAGUCUUAGCUAAUUGCAACAAGAAAGAAAGUGCAAAUUUCGAUUUUUUAUCACUCCCAUCGAGAAAACGUUGCGUCUAUGUAAAAUAAAUAUGACCAAUUCGUAACUAUAAAUUAAUGAUAAAUUAAUACUGAAAUUCUUCGAUAUUUACGAAUGAUGAAAAAAUGAAACUGAGAGGAAAAAAUAGUCUUCAACAAAUGGAAGAGAACAACAAUGUGAUAAAGUGAUAAAUGUAAAAAUGAAAACACAUACAAAGAAACUAACAGACAGAUGAUAUUUCUUAAAAGAUUUUUUUUCUCGUGUGACUUAAGAAUCAAGUUAUAAUCUAUAAAACAUCAUUUUCCAAUUAAUCACUUCAACCAUUGCGUCAAUGUGCAGCUGAAGAGUUUAACAAAGUAAGAGGAAUACUUUAUCGGGAACGUGAAUGAUUUUCAUUGACAUCCAACAUAGAUGAGAUGAAUAAAAGUGAAUGAGAUAGAAAGAAAAAAAGACAAUGAACUUAUUUUAUCAUUUUUCAUCUUCUACCAAAAUGUUUGAGGCCUUGUACUAUCGCAAUUUGUGAAUGGGAGAUUAGAAUAUUCAGAAAUUAUGGGGUAGACUAGAUGUGUGGAGAUGUUUUCCAUAACAAAGUGUGUAAAUGCCGGCUAGGAUUGAAUAAUCGAGAGUACAUUUGACCAUUUCUUCUCUUCAUUUGGGGACAAAAUUAUAAUGUACAGUGAUACUGGGGCUUUAUGCAAAAUUCUCUUACAUUAUUUACGAUUGUAGGUACUCGGGCUUUAUCUGAAUAUGAAGGACUCCUUCAUUUAUCGCAAUUUUCGAAUAAAAAGCCUUAAUUUUUGGGUUACGCCAUUAAAAUUGUAGAUGACAAUUGUGAAUUUUCUUGUCUCAAUUAAUGGGAGGGAUAUCUUAUGCAAAGAGAGACACAAAGAUUGUAGGAAAAGUAUGGAAUUAAUUUUCUCUGUUGGACUGUGCCAAUUAGUAACAAUCGUGCGAGCCUACGAUGCGAUGUUUACUUACACGUAAAUGUAUUUAUAUAAUUGCCUGUUUCAUUUUUUAAACAUCAAGAAUUGUCGAAUUUUGUACGAUCUUAAAUAAAAAUUUGAAAAAUA